AUGUUGGGUCCCAGCGGGGAUCCGAAAUGUGAGGUCAAUAAGCGUCUUGUACCAGUGGUCACCUCUUCCCCCAUUCUGGUUCCUCCUCAUACCUACGAGGAUACCUAUUCGCUGUGCGUGGAGACUGAAAAGGGUGUACGCGAAAAGGUGCGGGUCUACGAAGUGGGCGGCGGUUCGCCGACCAAGCUGGGCCAACACUUUCUCCUCAAUUGUGACGCUGUCAUCAUCAUGUUCGACGUGUCCGACUACUCCUCCUUUUUGGUCGCCCAAAAGUUAAAGGAGGAGGUGGAUUCGGGCAAGGACAAGCGUGAGCCCAUGGUAGUCGCCCUUGUGGGAAACAAGUUGGAUCGUCCCAAAGAUAGCCAUUUCGAAAUUCCCGUCCCACCGUGUGCCUGGGCUCUAAAGGAGAAGGCCAACGUGCCUGCCAAAACUGCCCCCCACUAUAACCCGGGUGUUCACACGAUCAACUCAGGUGAGGAUGAUGAACCUGGCCAGAAGGAAUGA